CAACAACCCUGCUACUGUCAGCCUGUGAAACUUGAGGAGUCGAGCGUAACGUAACUCUGCCACAGAGAUCGUCGCGUCUACGCACGAUAAAGGCACUGGCAGUGGCUAUCGCCCCUUUCUUGUCUUGCCUUUGUGCACUGGAGCGCCCGCUUAAAACGAAACCGAAGGGGGAGGGGGAGAUCGUAUUUGUACGACAGGGCCUUUAUGUGAAAACCAACCUUCUCCCUUUGGAAUUCUCAACAUAUCCUCCUAGUAAACUCCUUCUAGUCUAUUUCUUUCUCGACCCUUCAUCUUCUUAUUCCCUGGGGCCGUUCUCUUCAUUCCACAAAGACAAGUGCUGACUUUGACAUCCAUUCAUUCAUUUAUCCCUGUGAUUGGGGGUUGUUUACGCAUCCUUCGGGCACCUGGCACCUUGGCAACUGUGAACUUUAGUGGAGGAGAACACUUCCAAUCACCUGUACGGACCUCGGAGUACCGUUCAGCGUACCUCGUACUCGGCUGUUCCCAUCCAUCUCAAAACCAACAAACACGCGCACCAGCCUAUUCUAAAGAACGAUCUCUUAUCGCCAAUAUGGCGAGUUUUGUGAGGUAUGCGCUUGAGCGUAGGGACGAUGAGACUUCCGAGUACUUCACCGAUGAUGACGAUGUCUAUUGGUGGUAUAGCAGAGAGGGAUAUAUCGUCAAAUGGACCAUCCUCGCCGUGAUCGUACUUCUUUUUACACUCUGGAUCGUCGGAGGAUACUGGCAUGCAAAGAAGAGAAUCCAAAAGGGUUUACGACCACUAGCAUAUCAUAGAUGUUUUGUUAGUAGGCGCAUGAUGGCUCAGGUCGAUCCCCGUUACGCAUAUCCUCCUAACGGAUACUACUACGCUCCUCCUGGAAACUACGCCCAGCCUGGCGGAUAUCCCAUGCAUAACAUGCCUCCUCCACCAGUCUACGACCCAUCACGACCUCCCAUGUACGAAGAGCCCCCGAAUGCCUCAAAGAUCGACCCGGCGCAGGGACAGCAGAGACAGGCCGAUGGACCGGCAGACUAUUAUGCCCCUCCAACAGGACCUCCGCCUCCCCGAUAAACGAUGUUAGGCGCUGGAAGGGUUCGGUCAAGAGGCAUAUAUGCAUGGAUGAUUGAUUCUUGAACCAUGUAACGGUUCAGAAGUCGCUGGGCGGCCAUGUGAGAAAGCAUGAAAUUGAAGGUCAAUCAAUGAAUGUAGCUAGCAUAGAAAUACAAGCAAAUGCCGGCGUUCAAGCGCCAGGCUCUCUUUUCCAAUUCGCAGUAAACCAACUCCA